GAAUAUUAUUUUCGAUGGAAAACGGACGUAAUACCAAUCUUCGAAGUCUUGUUAGACCAGUUUCACCAUUAUCUAGAUGGCAAAAAGCACCACUUCCAGUCGAUGAUGACGAUGAUGUACGUCGGGUUGAUGAUCGGAAAAUGGGCUCCUCUUCAAGGCAUAUCAAUCGUACGACUCGAAGUAGAAGUCGUUCUCCAGCCAUAUUUUCAUCUGUACAUCUUGCUUCAACUGAAAGUCGCAAUGGUACAAUUGAAAGACCACCCAGUGAAGAGACUAGACGUAUCAUUGUACGUCGUCCUUUACAAGAUCCCGAACCAGUAGAGUAUCCAGAGAAAUACUCAAAAUCAAGAUCUGAUGAUCAUUCUCGACCAAGUAAUGAUAAAAGACGUUCAAAAAAUGAACGAUCAAAAAAGCCAAUUCCACGACCUGUUCUAUUUCAAAGUCGUUCUAUGCCUCCACCGAGUGGUAUUGAUCGAGAAAACACUUGUCCUAUCCUACUGCGUAUCUUUUAUUCUACAAAUGCACGUCACUAUUCUUUGUCAGAUUACGAUAAAGGUCGGACACCAGAAAAUGAAAUACAAAUCAAUACAUGGAUUGAUGCAAGCCUUGCUGAAUUGGCUGAAGAAGUUCGUAAUGUUGUCCGUGUAGCUAGACGUCGAGGAACACGUAUGCAUUUUGCUGUAGUCUAUCCAGAUAGUCGUGGUACAUAUGGACGUCGUCAACUCGGCGUUGUUAUCACAGGCUAUGGACCAAAUUCUGGCGAUAAUUUUGAAGAGAAGCCUACUGAUGAGAUGAAAGACAACAACGAUAAUAAUGCUAAAACACACAAACCUUUUAACUUGAUUGAUGAUUCAGCAGUUACUCUUCUAUCUAAAAAAUUCCAAAUUGGAGAUUAUGUGGAUUGUGCUAUCGUUGAAUACACUCCAGGCUCCUUAGGUGGUUGGUCUUCCGGUCGUCGUCCGCUCGGUCCACCACCGCCUACAUCUGACCCACGUAACUCUGCACGCGAAGAGGCCCGCAUGAUAUAGACAUUGUCAACACUAUCCAUGUGUAAAAAUGUACUUUACUCUGUUUUUUCUUGUGAAUAAAAGCUACUUUUCUUC